AUGUCGAAAGUUGCCUCUGUAGCACUGGUCCUAGGGUUCAUUUUUGUGGCAUUCUCCGGCCAAUGCUACGGGGCUUCACCACCACUUAAGGUUGGUUUCUACCAAGGAAAAUGCAAUGGUACGGUUGAUGUUGAGGUGGUUGUUGGUGGAGUUGUCAAAACAUGGUUCUCUAGCGAUUCUACAAUUACUCCUGCUCUACUAAGGAUGCAAUUCCAUGAUUGUUUCGUAACUGGUUGUGAUGCAUCUCUUCUUCUGGAUGGAAGCAACAGCGAGAAAACUGCAAUACCAAAUUUAAGUGUUAGGGGAUAUGGUCUUAUUGAUGCGGCAAAGGCAGCUGUUGAGGCAAUCUGCCCGGGUGUGGUCUCCUGUGCUGAUAUCAUUUCAAUGGCUACCAGAGAUGCUGUAUCCCUGAGUGGAGGAGGGCGAUACAUUGUACAAACUGGAAGGAGAGACGGGACAGUUUCGCUUGCAAAGAAUGUGAAUCUCCCAGCUCCUUCAAUAUCAGUCUCAAAUUCCAUCAAUGCAUUCUCCAAGAAAGGGCUUAGCGUAGUGGACAUGGUUUAUCUUCUUGGUGGCCAUACUGUGGGAGUUGCUCAUUGUUCCCUCUUCCAAGAUCGUCUGUACAAUUUCCAAAACAGUGGUCAACCUGAUAAUACCAUGAGCCCAUCGCUAUUAUUUUUCCUGAGAACGAGAUGUCCUCAGAAUGCAACAAUUGAUAACACAGCUAAUCUUGAUCAGAACCCUUUGAGUUCGUCAAUUGUCGACAACUCUUAUUAUCAGCAAAUAAUGUUGCACAGAGGAGUUCUUCAAAUUGAUCAAGAAUUGGCACAGGAUCCAUCAACCAGGGGCUUAGUAACUGCAAUAGCAAAGGGGGUCGAUUUUUCCACUAAGUUUGGUCAAGCCUUGAUUAAUUUGGGUGCUGUCCAAGUCCUCACAGGUACUCAAGGACAAAUUAGGACGUCAUGCAGGGCAGUCAAUACGAAAUGA